AUGGAGGGGCGAAGGACUUGGGAUGGCGUGCCGCUGGGAGAAUCACAUUCACCACCACAGUCGGUGCCGGGCCGAAGAACUCCUUUGGGGGCUGUCGGUCUUGGUGGGUUCUACAUGCAAGGUGGAGCACCUCCGCCCCCUCCACAACACUGUUAUCCGACUGAUGAAAAUCAACCAGAACCCGGAACCAGCUAUGCUCAAAGACCAAUCGGCGAAGGCAAAUCGAAACAGAAAAUGCGUCAGGGUAAAAGUGUUCGACUGAAUAUAAACGCUAGAGAACGAAGAAGAAUGCAUGACUUGAAUGAUGCACUCGACGAAUUACGCAGUGUAAUCCCUUAUGCACACUCUCCGUCCGUGAGGAAACUCUCCAAAAUAGCAACAUUGUUACUCGCUAAGAACUACAUCCUGAUGCAGGCCAGUGCCCUAGAGGAACUGAGGAGAUUAGUAGCGUAUCUCCAAGGUACAGCAACAGCAGCAGGCAUCGUCCCGCCCACCGGGUUCGACUUAGCAGGCUUCCCAGCGGCUGCCAAGUUAUUGCAAGGGCCCCCACCGGGCCCACCGGCACCCCCAGAACCACCAUCUUGAGACAUGCACAUCAAAUUGGAACCUUAAAGUUAACAGUCUGCAGACAGUUGUAUCUGCUAAGGUAGAUUUAUACUUAAAAUUUGUUAUAACAAUUAGCUAUCGAUUUUACCGCAGUGAUGUUUAAAGAAAGUUUUAUAAUGCAACAAUAUUAAAUGGAAUAUUGUUAUGCAAAAAACGGUCACUAUUAGUUCCAAUUUAUAACUGUACAAUAAACUUGUUUAGAUAUUUAUUAUGAAGUUAAUUAUCGAUGGUUUUUUUUUUUCUAAUUCUCCAUACACUGUACGUUAAUUAGAAUUGAAACAGUUUCUAUGACUAGAGAAACUAAUUCUAUACCAAAUACAAGUAAUAGUCUAAUUUUGAUUUAAUUAUUUAGGUUUCUAUUAUUAAAUCUAUCUAAAUUCAAUAUAAGAAUAAUUAAAACUAUGUAAUAUUGUUUAAACUAGGUAUGCGUGCAAUUAUAUUAAAUAUAAAUAUACUUAUAGUAAAGUAAAUGAUAUUUAAACAACAAUGGCUCAAUUUUAUGUUUAUAGUUUAUAUAUAUAUAAAUUGUGAUUGAAAAUAAGUCAUUUAUAUUCAGUAUAAAUUAAUAUAAUUUAUAGUGAAGGUACUUAGUAAGUAUUUAUAAUUUUAAAAAUUAAAAUAUUUUUUCCUAAUGUCUGGUUUAUUUUCUAAUAAAGCUUAAAAAUAUUCGAAAUAAUUUAAUUAUGAUUGAACACUUGGUCGUUGCUAAAUACAAACUAUUAUGAGAAUGUGAUUAAAAUUUCGAAAUCAUAUUUCAAUAAUGAAGUGUGAUUGAUGCAAUUCAUAGCAAGCGGCGUUUAAAUGAAAAUAUUGUAUUCUGGUCAUAGGUGUGUAGUUUGUGUAGAUGUAACAGAUGUAAAAAUAAUUUUAAUAAACGUACCUAUUACAAUAUAUAUACUAUAAUUUAUCUUUAAAAUAAGUCUGGAAAAGUAAAUAACAAAUACGGUCUUUAUUCGAGUAUAAGUAUCAAAUUGUUUUAUAUCCACAAAUUAAACAAAAACAUUGUUUUAAUCAGUAAGAAAUAUUAAAUUACUAUAACAUCAAACUGAAUCUCAGCAAAAUAAGUUAGACUGAAUUAGUCAUAAUGAGUAUACCGAGUUGAUACCCACACUCAGUAAUAGAAAUCUAUGAAACUGACUAACGGCACCAAAUAGUUUACACAAAAUAUCAAAAUAUUUUUUAAAGUUGUAUCCUAAAUUAAUGUGACAGUUGGAAAAUGAAGAUUUUUUUAAUUGUACUCCUCGUAAAAGGUGUUUGAUUUCAUAAAUAUUCUCAUUGAAUAUCCACUUGGUAUACCCAUUAUUAUUAACUCCAUAUAAUGAAUUAUAAUCGAGUGUAGAUCGUUAUUUGUUCUUAAGCUUUUUUUAGAUUAAAUAUCUAAAACUAAUAGUUUAAACUUUAAUUAAGGGGUAAAUUAUUGACUUAUGAUCUAGUUAAUAUAAGUAUCUCUCUCUCACCAUGAGUCUAGAGAGAACUGUGAAUCAAUGUGCCAAAUCGAAGUAGAUAGCAACUUCUUUAGAAGUAAAUAGAUUAUAUAUGAAACCAAAUUGUAAGGUAGUACCGGUUUUUGGAGUAUUAUAUAAAAUCUUAAUUAAUUAGAAGUAAAUAAUGUUCACGUCCAUAAUGGUAGCGUAGUUACGAGUAUUACCAUAAUGUUCUUUGCGUCCUUUCAAACACUACUGUAAUGUAUUUCCUGGUUUGUCUAUAGUCUUCAUUUAUAAUUUUUUAAGAAUGAACUUUGUGUAUCUAUUGAUAUUUGCCUAUUGUAUGUGUGCUGUUAUAUACUACAUAUAAAUAUAUUAUAUGUAUAUUUACAAAUAUUCGUAAAUAUAGAGAAUAAUACACAAUAGAUCCUAAGAUUAAGAAUUAUAAAAAUAUGAAAAAAAUGUGCAUAUAAA